AUGCGUUUUUUGUGGGUACCCGAGCCCGGGCCGUUGGCGAAAUCUAUUGUUGCGUCCGGCGGGCGGGGGUAGCAAUAACUGCAGUAAGGGUGCAAUGGAACUUUUACCUGAGUGACGUGCGGCUUGCCAACCAGUAGUGUGCCACACUUCGGAGCGAUAGGAUACUCGUUUACGGUCUGUGAUUUUUGUGACUUCGACGAUGCUUAGUUCAGCUUUCAGAGAUUCAGGAAAGCAUGGCAUGAAGUGGGUCCUCAUAGAAUGGCAAUCUAAAAUGUAUGAGGUGAUCCACAUUCGAUCUAUAAUAAGCUCUCCGAACAAGACUGUGAAGCCAGGAGACAUGGUGGAGCUGCACUGGGCCGGGAAAAAGAGAAUGGCACGAGUUCACGCACUUGCAAGUGAACGUGAAACUCUGGAAACUAUGAAGAAGAGACGGUCGAGGUCUCCUCUACCAGGUCCUAGCAGGAGCAGGAGCAGGGUAGUGGAAGAGAAGGAGAAGGAUUACUCUCCUAGUGCCUCGUCUUGGAAGCCAAGUGACGAUGAGACUGAGUCAGCCGACUCCGAUAAGCAGGACAUCCAAGCGAAAAGAAAGCAAAAAAUUAUUGAAAUGAAACGUCGCCAUUUUAACCGACAUUCAAUGAAGAAUGUGGUGACACCAAAGCACAGGCCCACUCCAGUUGUAUCGCGGUCUGAGCAAUCAACAAACGCUUCACGCAGGAGGAUCCCACUGUCCCACGAUGGCAGAAUUAACAAGAGAAGCAUGGACAGAUCUUUACCGGAUUUGGGGAGAAAAAUUAGAACUGAGAGAAAUAAUCGUCGUAUGACUAAGGAUGAUUAUGAUUUCCACAUUGAAAAUUUGAAAGCGAGUUUUCAAUGCCUUGUAGAUUGUCUCUCACGCAGCAAGAGUUUUUCACCAAACUCUUCGCCACGUGAGGAGUCACCUGAGGCGCCACAGUGGUAUGAGUCACCCAAGGGGCGACAGUGGCAUGAACCACCUGUGUCACCGCAGUCACCGCAGUCACCGCAGUCGCCACAAUCGCCGGAGUCACCGAAUGCACAGGCCUAUAACAGGAAACGACAGCAUAGAAACAUGAACCGCUUUCUAGAUGACAGCCAAGCUGGCCCCAGUCGCCCCGUAGAACCCAUGGAGGAAGAUCACCACAUGAGUGAGAAUGAGUUUGAUCGAUCAGAUGACGAAGUCCUCAUCACUAACAAGUUCAGCAAAGUUCUCAGUAAAGAAAUAGAUAGAAUGAAAACAGACAAAAAUGUCACUUUUAAAACUAUUGAGAGGAGUAUAAAGAGAAUCACUGAAGAAAUAAGGAGAAGUCAAGUGUUUGCCGAAUUGAAAUUAAAUAUGGAAAAUCAAAAGGAGGAACCCGCCGAAAAACCAGCAGUCAAAGUGGAUAAAGAAUGGGUCGCGAUUGGCACCGGGGAAACUUUAGUGCACAAGUCUAAGUACGACAAAAUCAAUUGGAAGUCUUACACCGUUGCCACAAGAUCUUUGCUUCUUGCAAUCUUCCCAAGAAGCAUCUUGGCCACGCAUUCAUUGACUGGAAAGAAGUCGCCAGCCUUCCAAAACAAGCCAGCCAAAAUGUGCUUGGAUCCACAAAUCGUUACUGAUGUUAUUUGCGAGAUAUCGAACAAAUUUGGGGUAGCAGAAAAUUUAGUUCGGGGCAUCAUUACCACUAAGUGCGCUGAUGAGGCUAAGAUGCUAAAAAUGCGCCAGGGUAAAAUGCUGGCGGCUAUAGAGAACAACGAAAACAUUCCGCCGCCACCCGAUGCUGACGGACAAGCCUAGAGGUUACGUAUAGUCGACCAACUAUACGAGUGCAAUGUGCAAGUAUCGGAUUUCCGACGGUUCAACCGUAAAUUGUACGUUACACUUUAUCUACAAAUAAACAUACUACGAGUAUAUGUUAAAAGUCACACCAGUCACAUGAAUAAUAUAAUAACAUUUUCUAAAUUAUAAACAGAUUUUUUAUGAAUUAAAAAAAAAUAUAAACAAAACUUUAGUCUUUAGAAUGGGUUUAGUCAAAAGACCUUCGUUUAAUUGAGUGUUUUUAGGUAAUUCAGUGAGAGAUACUAUGGAUUCUGUUGAUCUGUAACGUGUACCACGUCGGGAAAGUGUUAGAAGUUCGAUCGAUAACACAUUGUUUUUAUUCUUUCUUAUUAUUAUAUACCUGUUUAAGGUAAUUGAUUAUCUGAUUGAUUGAUUUAUUGAAUUGAUUAUUUUCAAAUGUGAUUUUCUUGUUUUUUACAUUAUUUACAUUAAUUGUAAUUGUUAUUAAGUCUAUUGUAAGUCUCUGCGUCAAUUAGCGGCACGGAACGAAUAGAAAUACUUAUAGGUAAAUACCUAACAUUUAAUAAUAUGUAUAUUCGACUAAGUGCCUCUUCAGUCAAUGGUCGCAAGUGAGACUGGAUUUUCUAUUGAUGCCAAAUUCGUUCCUUUUAUUUUAUUCUUUAAUGGGCUAGGCAGUGCUAGGACAUUAGCCUCCCCAUUAUUUUUCUGGAGAGUUUGAAUAAAGUGUGUAUGUCUAUACAUUUAUUAUGUAUAAUUAUGUUUUUAUCAUGUUUAUCGUUAUGAUUUUAUAUGUUCAACAUUAUGUUCUAUAAACUCUGUUAUACUUAACUAAACUUCAGUUGUCUGACCAUUGUGCACAAUUUCCUUUAAAACGUAAACAUGAUGCAUUUUUUGUUUAAGUAGCAACAUAAAUGGGCUUUUAAAUAAAAACCUGACAAAACUGGAAUUUACUGGGGUGAAAAAAAUGGUUUUGCUGAGACACCUAAAAUAUUUUAUCUCAGGCAAACUCUGUAUUGUCAGUCUUAUCGAAAUAAUUUGAGGUGAUUAUUAAAAUGUGUAGGGAAAAAUCCCUAUAUGGCAUACAUAAAUAGGCAUUUUACACAUUCAUGUGGUCGGAAACAUAAUGGUAGACAACUGAUGUUUAGAUUUGCUGAUGUUUGGGACCAAAAAUAUAAUAUACCUACAUAUUAUGUAGGUCUAUACGGUAACGCUUUUUUAUCUACUUGUGCCAAAUCGUUUUGAUUAUUUCAAGUUGUCCCAAAUUUCAGUGACAAUAUUAUUAUAUCAAGUAACAUUCUACUUAAUUUAUUUAUGUACAAUGUAUAUGUAUAUGUCAUUUCAGACAAAAAACUUGGUGACUUUAUGUCAGUAAGCUGAUGUUCACCUUUUUAUUCGAAGUAGGUGUCCCUGAAAGUAUUGAUCAGUCUGAACAGGUGCAUGGGAAGCAUAACGUCUAACGUUUUAACUAUGAGAAUAUCGGUGCUAUUCUAAACUGUUCAAUAGCACAAUAAUAAAUAUAAAAUAGAAAUAAAUAUAAAAAUCUGACUGCACGGUUGGCGCAGUGGCUGGGCAACUGGCUGCUGCGCAACGGGUAGCGGGUUCGAUUCCCGCACGGAGCAACUCUUUGUGUGAUCCACAAAUUGUUGUUUCGGGUCUGGGUGUCAUGUGUAUGUGAACUUGUAUGUUUGUAAACGCACCCACGACACAGGAGAAAAUCCUAAUCUGGGGCAACGUUUUAAAAAAAAUAAAUAUAUCUACUGAUUAUUUUCAUCGGAGUUUUUAAUUAUUACGUUAUCGGCUUACUCACGUAACUGUUUGACGAGGAACUCGACUAGUUUCAAGCCAUGCUAGAGGCUUAUAUUCAUGAGCAGCAUUCCGCGACAAUCGCCGCGUUGUGUCGUCGUGAUUAAGUCGAUUACAUAAUAAUUAAUUUAGUAUGUCUUACCAAAGUUAUAAGAAUCGCACAGACAUGUCGGUUACUACUUGUGAACUGUUAAGGAUAGCAUGGACAUUCCCAGGAUGAAAAUGUUUUGGAUCGACCUUGUUCAUGCAAGUGUUUAUUGGUGAUAUUUUAAGGGACACCUCCACGUUCUCCUUUAAACUAAAGUUACUAAUUUACUAUUUUUAUUUGUGAUACGAAAGGAACUCUUCGUUUUAAAAAUGUAAUAAUUAUACACUUGUAAGUGUAAUGUGUAUGUCUUAUGUCUUUUAUAUUGAUUUCAUUGAUGACUUUUAUAUUAAGAUUGAAUAAAACGUUAAGUACACGUAAUACA